CCAGCACAGCGGAUGGCACAGACCUCUUUUUAUCUCCCUCCUCACCGAAAUAGCGCAACUCUUUAUUGUUGAACCGAAGCCGGUGUCAGCUUAUUGCAAGAAGGGCAUCAACAAUUAACCGAUGCAGCAAAAAGAGUUCUUGCUUGUCAGAGUUCUGGUUGUGUGAAUAUUCCUUAUAAUAUAUACUUUCAUCCUGCAUUUGAGUGAACAGAGAAAGGAGAGGGAGCAGCCCUAUCACGUCUGUUGACUUUUUUGUGCAUCCGAGGACGUCCCUCGAUCCGUCGUCACUCCUAUACGAUUUUCUAAUUUGGUAUCAAUGGCUGCUCCAUCAGAUCAACAGGAAGGCGAGGGGACUUCACCCCACCAACCAAAAGGCAAUGGUGGACAUCAAGAAAAAUCAUCAUUUGACGAACCAGCGUCGACGCAGAUGGAUACUCUUGGUGUGAGCGUCCAUCACCUCGAACAUAUCUUCUUGGAGAGAGAGAUUGGAAAGCCAACAAGGAGUGCCAUAACAGAGAAAUGUCUGUCCAGAGAAUCAAAGAUCUAUGAUAUCGAGGAUCUGCAAGGUCCUCCUGGAGUCAUCCGCAGCAAAGGAAUCAACAUUGUUUGUCCAAUCGAUGGAAAAAUGGGUGCCGCUUAUGUCCAUUGUCUGCAAGGAGAGGAUCAUGUGGGAAAGGCAACUCAUAUGCUCAGCUAUUCCUGGAAUUACACGAUUGGAGAUAUUGUGAAUACUCUAACAGAUUUUUGCCUCCAAAACAACCUCAAUCCAAAGCGAACUUACAUCUGGAUGUGCUGCCUCUGCGUAAAUCAACACAGAGUCGUAGAAAAUUCCACUCAGCAGAAAUCAGGAAUGAUUGCCCCUACCAAGAUGGAUUUCUUUGCCAUUUUUGGAGAACGCGUCAAAAAGAUUGGUCAUUUGCUGGCCAUGAUGGCUCCAUGGAAAGCACCCAUCUACAUCACUCGAGUUUGGUGUAUUUUCGAGAUCUUUACGGCUCACAGGAUGGGUGGUUGCAAGGUGGAUAUUGUCAUGCCACCCAAGGAGAAGCAAUCUCUAGAGCAGGAUGUUGUUGAUAAUGAAGGAGGCAUCAAUACUCUCUACGAGACACUUGGCAACACUAAAGUUGAAAAUGCCAAUGCAUCAGUCGAAAGUGACAGGCUGUCUAUUCUUGGUCAAGUACAAUCGGACGUUGGAUACUCUGUGCUCAACAAUCUAGUCAAUGACUUGUUGCGUGGAUGGAUGCAAGGCGUCCUGACUCAGCUGGUGGAGACCAGAGAAAACACAUACGAUAAGGACUAUGUCGAGUUCUGCAACCAAAUUGGGGUUAUCUUAAGAACAAAUGGAGAACACAGUGCAGCAAUGAAACUCCACCAGACUGCUCUGACAAUUUGUGAGACUGUUUUGGGCAAAACACACGAAAAAACUGCAGAAACUUACAGCAACAUUGGAGAGGUAUUGCAUGAUAUGGGUGACUAUGAAGGUGCCUUGUCGAAGUACGAGGAAGCGCUUGCCCUUAUAUUGUCAGUGUUUGGCGAGAAUCAUUCUGAUGUCGCCUCUGCCUACAACAACAUUGGGUUUGUACUCGAUGAUAUGGGUGACAAAGAAGGUGCUUUGGCCAAAUACAACCAAAGUCUUGCCAUAACAAAGUUAGUAUUGGGCGAGGAACAUGAGAAUGUGGCAACCACCCACAACAAUAUCGGUCUUAUUUUGGCUGAGAUGGGUAACUUUGAAGGUGCUUUGUCAAAGUAUGAGGAAGCUCUUGCCAUCAUGUUUUCAGCAUUGGGCAAGAAUCAUCCCAGUGUGGCAUCCACCUACAACAAUAUUGGUUUUGUUUUGGAUGAGAUGGGUAACUAUGAAGGGGCUUUGUCAAAGUACAAGGAAUGCCUUGCUAUUGAAUUGUCUGUAUUGGGAAAGAACCAUCCUAAUGUGGCAGGAACCCUCAACAACAUUGGCUCUGUUUUAUAUAGCAUGGGUGACUGUUCUGGAGCCUUGUUGAAAUUUGAGGAGUGCCUUGCCAUUCGGGAGCCAGUUUUGGGAGCAGAUCAUCCCAACACGAAGAAUAGCCUGGAGUGGAUUGAAGUUAUCAACGGAAAAAUGCAGCAACCUUGAUUCUGUGGCUAGUUUGCCUACUCUGCUGUUUGCACUGUUAAUAUACUAAAUAUGAUUUGUUGGGUUGUCUUGAGCAAGUCAUUUUGGGUGUGUAGGGACUGUUGAACUUUCCAUG